CCCACCCCCCUCCACACGCGCACGCACGCGCACACACACACACAGCAUGCUGCACUCCCCACUGCUGACUGUGCUCGUGGUGGCCGCCCUGGCCCUGGCCGCACACGCGGAAAUCGUUGACCUCAAGACCAAAACCGAGCCGCUGAUGUCGAUUCCGGUCCAGGAGGUGGCCAUGUUUGCGCUGCACGACACGCCAUGGGGUGACGACAUACCGUACGUCGAGCUCCGUGGAAAGGUUCUCAACGAGUCGCCGAACAACGGAUCAGUCAUGCUCAUCUUUGUCCGAAACGACGACGUGAUGGACGCGACGGUAGAGAACGAUCCGUGCAAGUCAGGGCGCAAGUCGGUCGCCUUUGUCCCGCCUGGGCUCUCCGACUUGUAUCUGCACGUCGGCGUGGCCCGGACCGAUUGGUGGCACGUCCUGGUGGCGCAGUGCCCGGUCGACGGCCAGGACCCGCCGCUCAUCCUCACCGGCGAAGUUGUCUCGCGCAACUCGUUUGGCUACAUCCCGGCGCAACAGUACCACCUGCUUCCGUUCUUUGGCAUUCUCUGCCUCACAUACAUUGUGCUGGGCUUUGUUUGGGCCGGCUUUACUCUCGCCAACUGGUCGUCGUCGCUCGCGCUCCAGCACUGUAUCGCCUCGGUCAUCUUCCUUGGCAUGCUUGAGCUCACCUUCCGCUACUUUGACCUGUGGGAGUACAACAAGGUCGGGCGCGCGAACCUUGUCACCGCCGUCUUUGGCAUUCUCUGCAACGCGUGCAAGGAGACGCUGUCGCGCAUGCUCGUCCUCGCCGUCUCGAUGGGCUACGGCGUCGUCAAGCCCUCUCUCGGCACCGAUAAGUACAAGGUCUUUGGCCUCGGCGCCGUCUUUUUCGUUGUCGACGCCAUCAACUCCCUGCACUCGCGCCUCGCUCCGCGCACCGGCCCGGCCCGCCCCUCGCUUGCCUUUGCCGUCGCCGUCGUCGUCCCGCAGUCGCUUGCUAACGCGCUCUUCUUCUACUGGACUUUUAUCGCCCUCGCCCGCUGCAUGCACCACCUCGAGAAGCGUCGCCAAUAUGUCAAAUUGCUCAUGUACAAGACAUUUGCUAUCGCACUAGGCGUGGCUCUCGGCAUCUCGCUUCUCCUCCUCACCGUCCGCGCCCUCUUUGGUCUUGGCUCAUCCGAGAAGCACUCGUGGCGUUACAUCUGGAUGUUCACCGCCUUUGACGAGCUCAUCUACUUUGCCAUCCUUCUGGUCGUCUGUGCCAUCUGGCGCCCCUCCGUCUCCAACAUGCGCUACGCUUACACACAGGCUGACGACGACAACGACGACGUCUCGUCAGACUCAGAGGUCAACAUCCCGCUGGCAGGCGUCACCGAGCCCAUGCGCCGCUCGGACGCCGCCGCACGCUCAUCAUCGCCGCCAGGCGGGCCUCCGCCGCCGCCUGCUCGGGGCCAGGCCUCCUCCGAUCCCUCUCCCCGCACCGCCACCUCGCUUUUUACCGCCGCCGCUUUUGCCAUCCACGAGGAUGAAGAGACGGCUGCUCUCGAGGCCAACAAGAUGGAAUGA